UCAUAUUAUCACCUGUCAGUGUCAGUCAACUCCAACUGUCAGUGUCUUUUUCACUCACCGACACACGGCACGGUUGGAAAUUAUUGAAGAUAAAAUACUAAUUUCAUAGUAAAAAUGCCACCUAAAAAGGUUGAAGAGCCUGAGAAAAAGCCACUCAUUGGGCGAGUUGGUACGAACUUAAAAGUCGGCAUAGUGGGAGUGCCGAAUGUUGGAAAGUCAACCUUCUUCAAUGUGCUGACCAAGAGCCAAGCUGCUGCUGAGAACUUCCCUUUCUGCACCAUUGAUCCCAAUGAAAGCAGGGUGCCGGUGCCUGACGAGCGGUAUGACUACCUCUGCGAGUACCACAAGCCACUCAGCAAGGUGCCCGCGUUCCUGAACGUGGUGGACAUCGCGGGGCUGGUGAAGGGCGCGGCGGAGGGGCAGGGGCUCGGCAACGCCUUCCUCUCGCACAUCAAGGCGUGCGACGCCAUCUUUAAUCUGUGUCGUGCGUUCGACGACGAGGACGUGAUCCACGUGGACGGGUCGGUGGACCCGGUGCGGGACCUGCAGACCAUCGCCGACGAGCUGCGGCUGAAAGACGAGGAACAGCUGCUACAGCAUAUAGAGAAGCUGGACCGCCAGGUCAACCGCGGGAAUGAUAAGAAGCUGAAGCCGGAGUUUGAUGCGCUGCAAAAAAUCAAGACCGUGCUAGUUGAUGAGAAGAAACACAUCAGAUUCGGCGACUGGAGCGCUGCUGAGAUAGAAGUACUAAACAAAUACCUAUUUAUAACGUCGAAGCCAGCUCUCUACCUCGUGAACCUGUCAGAAAAGGAUUACACCAGAAAGAAGAACAAAUGGCUCCCGAAGCUGAAGGAGUGGAUCGACAAGAACGACCCGGGCGCGGCGCUCAUCCCCUUCUCGGGCGUGCUCGAGUACAAGCUCAUGGACAUGGACGCGCCCGAGCGCGCCGCCUACUUGAAGGAGAACAACAUCACCAGUGCUCUUGAUAAGAUUAUCGUGCAAGGAUACAAGGCGUUGCAGCUGGAAUAUUUCUUCACGGCGGGAGCCGACGAAGUCAAGGCUUGGACCAUCCAGAAAGGCACGAAGGCGCCGCAGGCGGCGGGUCGCAUCCACACGGACUUCGAGAAGGGCUUCAUCAUGGCCGAGGUCAUGCACUUCAAGGACUUCAAGGAGGAGGGCUCCGAGGCCGCCUGCAAGGCCGCCGGGAAGUACCGGCAACAGGGUAGGAAUUACGUAGUGGAGGACGGAGACAUCAUAUUCUUCAAGUUCAACGCGGGGGCCGGACUCAAGGACGCCAAGAAGAAAUGACGUGACAAAGUACUGCUCCUGAUAGUACACCUGUUGUACUUCAACUUAGUACUGUACUCGAUGGUACACGUCGCAUAAUACAUAAGGGAAGCAUUUCAUUAAUACACACGGUACGUUUAAUUAUGCAUUAACUUAUAUUAUGUAAAGAAAUAUUCAAGGAUCUUGAAAUAAAUUGCUAUUGAUGUUUGUAA